GCACACAUGGUCGGCAGUCGAGAGUCGACAUAUCGCGCACCGCAUGUGAAAUGGGAAAUGUGAAAAGGCAGGCGAGAGCGUUAUGAAAUUCCAUGAUACGGCACUCUGGUAAUGUAGUGCCCCAGUACCAGUACCAGUACCAGUACCACUAGAACCCAGAGAACCCACAGCCGAUAGACGAUGUCCGGCGGCGAACAGAUGAUUGCCGUAUGUGUAUUGCAUAUGGGUAGUCCGUAGUCCGCCGUUCGCGCACAUUCACCAAUUGCCGGCGAUGGCGGACGGACGCACAGUGAAAAACGGCAGUGGAGGAGGCACAUCAUCCCCCCGGUACGCGAUCCUCGACUGCGAUGGCGGGAGCGACGACGCCUGGGCCCUGCUCCUGCUGCUCCAUGCGGCCGAGAGCCACGGGAUCCACCUCCUGGCCGUCACCACCAUGGGAUGCGGCAACACCAGUCGGGAGAACGCGGCCCGCAACAUGCGACGCAUUCUGGAUGCCUGCAAGCGCACAGACGUUCCCAUUUACCUGGGCGCCGUGCAUCCCCUGAUUCCCUCCACGGAACACAAGAAGUAUUUCCAUGGCCGCGACGGAUUCGGGGACUGCCUCUCGGCCGACGACUGCGCUCCGCUGGAGGAGAUCGUGCGGCCGGAGCACGCGGUGACCGCCAUCCACGACCUCUGCCGCGCCAGGCCCAAGCAGAUCACCCUCUUCGCCGUCGGUCCCCUGACGAAUCUCGCCCUGGGCUACACGAUGUACGGCGACGGGUUCGGGAAGAACUUCCGCGACCUGUUCAUCAUGGGCGGCAACUACCAGGGCGUGGGCAACUCCUCGCGCUCCGCGGAGUUCAACUUCCACUCGGAUCCGGAGGCGGCGUACACGGUGCUGCUGAAGACCCGCUGUCCCGUCACCGUCCUGCCAUGGGAGCCCUGUCUCCCGGAUAGAUUCAACAUACCCAUUAACUGGCGCCUGAAGGAGUUCGCCGCCAGGGCCAAGGAAGCCGGGCAUCCGGCGAUCACCAUGCUCAACCAGGUGGAGGCCGCCCAGUGGCUGCCGAUGAUCGAGCAGUUCGGGUUCGACACGUGGAACCCCUGCGACGCCAUCGUGGUGGCCGCCUGGCUCUUCGAGGACCGGCUGAUCCGGCGGCACAGCACCUGGCACGCCACCGUCGACCUGCGGGGCACCCACACCCGUGGCCAGAUGGUGCUCGAUCACCUGCGGGAGUGGGGCAAGAAUCCGGAGAACGUGCGCAUCAUCGAGCUGGCGGACGCCGAGUUCUUCAAGAGGAUCUGCGAGUGGAUCGCCGGCCUGGACGACGGCGCCCUGCUCCGCGACACCCAAUAAACCCAUAUCUGUAGAGAACGCCUCGAUUUUCGACUUUAUCGUUUUAUUCGCCCGCCGAUAAGGAGGGGGGUCUCUGCGGCGAUAAGCACUUUUCGUACAGGUGCGCACCAUCAGCAAUAAACCAGCCAUUUGGGGAG